UUUAAGAACCAUGUCAAAUUGUCUUGCUGUGUGUACUCCCUGUGCUAGUGGACAUGUUCAUGUAGCCCUGACACUAGCUGAUGGUUUGUGUUGGUGAUAUCAACAGGUAGGUAAACGUUACAGCAGACGGGAAAGAAACAGUCAUGCUGGAGAACAUUGAAUAUGCCUUUCCUGCUGGCGAGGAAAGUGAUGGAAGUGAUGAAGAGUGGGAUGUCGGUGCUAUUUGUGCUACGAAGAAUCUCGACCCUGAGGUGUCUAAGCAGACAACAGUCCCUGGGGACACCGUGGCCGUCAUGAAAAGAGCCAUUACAGCGGGGGACGUCGAUCUCGUGCGCCAGUUACUGGACACUGGUAUGGACGUGGAGACACGUCUGGGCUUUGAUUGGACUCCUCUCAUGUGUGCUGUCCAUGUCGGUCACAGUGAGCUGGCCAAGCUGCUGCUGGACCGCGGAGCCAGUGCCAACUUCAGCAGCGGUCAUUACACCGUGCUAAUGGCAGCUUGCACAGCAAAUUCUGUCUCUGAGGAGAACAUCAGCAAGUGUAUGGCUCUGCUGCUGAGUCGCAACGCUGACCCGAACAUUUCCAGCAGGAGGCGUGUGACGUGUCUCAUGCUGGCCGCCAGGUACGGGUAUUCUCAGGUGAUUAAUCUGCUGGUGUCCCAUGGAGCUGAGCUCAACUUUCAGGAUGACAGUGGCUACACGGCGCUCAUGUUGGCUGUCCAGCACGGCCAUGAAACUGCAGUUCUGAAACUACUACAACUUGGAGCCGACAAGUCCAUUAAAAGUAAGGCAGGAAAUACAGCAGCUGACCUGGCCAAAUCAUUCAAACACCUGCAGAUCUACAAGACUCUCAGCUCUCCAAGUGACCCCACGGGUAAUGGUGCAGUGCCCUCCAAAGCUGAAACUGUGUUUAAAUUUCUCACCCGAAACCCUGAACCUCUGUCCGUCUCAAAGGAGAGUUCGAUUAAACUGUGUGAUAUUGACCUACUACUGCAUGGACUGAAACUUGAUUAUCUCUCAGAUGUCAUGAUGGAGAAUGACAUCACUUGGGGCCACUUGUUGACAAUGGAAAAAGCAGACUUAGAAAAUAUUGGAAUAACAGACCCUGAAGACCAAAAGAAGAUUCUUAAUGCAGUUGAAGAGGUUCACCUUGAAAAAGUGGAUCUUGACACCUUGACCCAGCUUGACAACAUACACAGUGGGAGUGAGGAGCUCUAUAAUUUUCUAAUCAGCCUGAAGCAGCAGUGCUGUUACCUAACUGAGAUGGUACAGGAUGUCAUCAGCAGGUUUCCCUGUAGCUCAUCACAGCUUGUUCUGACUUGGGAUCGUAGGAAGGACGCUCAGGCCAUAUGUACAGAUCUAGUGGCUCAGGCCGGAGACCUGCAGAAAGAAGUGGUCUGUCUCAAGGACCUCCUCAUCAAGUUGGAUCCCACUGAUUGCGCCUUCAAUCCUCCUUUGCCAAGUUCCCAGAGCAGCACAAGAGGACGGGUUAUGAAGAAGCUUGCAGUCGCUGUGAUUGGAGCAGGAUUACUGCUACUGUUCUCACAAGCAAGACACUUCAGAGUCUACCUUUGAGAACUGUUUUGUUCAGUUUUUUUUUUUUGCCAUCAGUGUAUUCCCUUUAUUUUUUACUUGUGUUAUUGUCACAUAAUCUCUAGUUUUUCUUGACUUUCUUUGUGUUCUUAAUGGUUUAUUAUGAUGGCAUAACUUAUGUUAAAUAUGCAGUUGAUCAAGAAGAUCAGUGUUUUGUUUUUGCCUAAUUAAAAUUGUUUCCACUUAACA